GGAGAUAAACAUACCCUGACACACGCGAUACGAUGUGUUUUGUUUUAGUGAAUCGAAGAUUAUCUCAACUUUAUUUGUCUUGUGAGAUUCACAAAUACAUUAAAAACAUCAUUUAAUAUGGAUGGUAGUACAUCUAGUAUCACUUGGGAUGAACUACAAUUGUGGAAAGUUCCUAUUUGCGAUUGAGGGGACUGAAAACUAAGGGAAGAAAAAUCGAACUCCAGGCCCUUGUGUAUAGUACUGCACAGCUUAACUAUGCGGUCAAACCGGAUGGAGCCGAAGAAAGAUCACAGUGUCUUCAAUAUUCUGAACUACUAUACGUAUAUGGUAAAAAACUACUGGAUCCACUUCAUGAAUUAAAAGAUGGGUGGUAAGUGAAAAGGAAGGGGUGAUUUUUUGGCCCCCUGUAACCUAUUUCGAGAUAGGAGAUUGGCUGCUAAAUGAGGCACCUUGUGUUAGUGAACCGACCAAGAGGAAACCGAAAACACCUUCACUUAAAAGUAGACUGUUAUCGGACUACAAAGAAGGGAAAGCAUAUAGCUAUUUCGAUAAUAAAUGGCUUCAUGAAAUAUUUUAUCAUAAUAUUUUGGAUGACAGCAAUAUCUGCUUUGUUAAGGCACAAUGUACACCAUCACAGGCAAUUAAGAAUACACCACAUUCUGUAUGGUUUGCUCUGGAAAAAAGACGGGGAAAAUGUGCAGUGCAUAUUGUGGCUGUUUGCAGGGUGAGUGUAAAUACAAUAUUCUUGUUAGGUUAUUAUUUCUAUAUUUAAAGAAAAAAACAUAUAAAUUAUAUUUGUGAAUUAACUAUGUAAACUUAAAGUUAGAUUUGUAAAUAUUAGAAUUUAAAUGACUGUGUAAUCUAUAUUUCUUUUUAGACUUGGUUCUUCAUGUAACCAUGUUGCAGCCGUGAUCUUCAAGCUGGAUCAUGCUUUUAUGACUGGUGUUUCCAAGAACCAAGUACCAUGCACAUCAAAAACUUGCAGUUGGAAUGUCUACAGAGGGACAAAAAGGAUGAAAAUAAUUAAAGGUAAACCAGUGUCUGACAUGCAAUGGGCAAAGUCAAACUACUAUAAACAGAGAAAUCAGCACGAAUUAAUACAGAAUCACGAAAGCUUUUUAACCCAAUGAAGAAUUCAAGACAACUGCCUACAGCGCAGUGGAUAGUUGAUGCUCUUUUUCCCAGCUGCAGCGAUUCAACUAUAUGGAAAUAUUUGGAGGAGUCCACAAUAGCCAUGAAUUAUAACCCUCAGGAGGAUUUUAAUGUAGGGAUUGGAGUGGAGGUAGAAACAUGCAUGACAUAGCAGUUCCAAAGAGUCUACAACUACUUGCAGCCAAUUUUCAAUCACCUGAAAAUUUUAUCAAUGACUUGCCCACAUACUCUCAUGAAGAAAUUAUGGCCAUUGAAAAAGUAACUCGGGGACAAUCAGAGAAUGUUGAAUGGGCAAAAUAUAGAACUGGACGUAUUACUGCUUCCAAUUUGAAAUCUGUGGUUACUAGAAAUAAGACUCUCCAUAGUAAUACACAUUUAAGUAAAGGUCCCAUCCCAAUUAAAAAAAAAAUUAUGGGAUAUACCCCCAUUGACCCAAACCUACCAAAUCUUAAAUAUGGGAGGAUUACUGAACCAAUAGCACGAUCAUUGUAUAAAAAAAUUUUGAAAGGAAAAGGACAUGUGAAUAUUGAAGUCUCAGAAUGUGGGUUGUUUGUACAUCCAAAAAAGAUAUUUAUGGGGGCUUCCCCAGAUGCAUUAGUAGAAUGUUCUUGUGGAAAGGGACUACUGGAAAUAAAGUGUCCACGUACAAUAGCACUUGAUCAACCCACGGAAGAAAACAUGGAGGCAUUGUAUGUAACUACAAAUGAAAAACUUGAACUUAAACCAAAUCAUCAAUACUAUUAUCAAAUUCAAGCACAAAUGGGCAUAACUAAAAGAAACUGGUGCGAUUUUUUUUUAUAUAUACCAAGGGGGGUUACUUUUUGCAGCGUAUUGAAUACGACCAUGAGGUGUGGACUAGGGCAAUGUCUGAAGCUGAACAAUUUUUUUUUUAGUUCAUUGCCCCAGAGUUAAUUUACAAUGCAAUAAAGAAAUCUGCAAUUAGCCAUGAAAUAUAAUUAUUUUAUUAGUUUCAUAACCACUAGUUAUUUCAAAAUUAUUUACUGUAUGUUGCCAACUGAAUAUAAAUUCCAAAUAUGUACAUAUUUUUUUACUGUAAUAGGAAACAUUUUAACCAGUGUAGUAAUUGUAAUAAAAAGAGAAAAUUGACAAUAUUCGCUCCACAAUUUUAUUUGAAGAGAAACUUUCCUUUAUUUUAUUUACACAUUCCUAAUUACAAUUCAGUUACUUUCAUUCAAGAAAUUAGAUCUGGUUGCAAAUUGCAUAGAGCAGCACACACAGUUAUU